GCUAAUUGGGUCAGGAGGACUAUGUGAGAGGGGGGUGAGCUUUUCAUCUCAAGAGCCCGGCCACUCAGCAAAUUGGAAACUGCAGAUGGACGCUGCCCCUGAGGCAGAAAAACCGCAGUAUCAGUUCUUCUACGAGAAAGCCUUGAAGAGGGAGGAGGAAGAAAAAGAGAGAGAGAGAAGGGAUAAGGUGCAGGCUCACGAGGCCGUCCUUAGCACCGUGUCCGCUCUGACUGAUGAGGAGGUAGAAGAGAAAAUGUUUCCCCUCCUCAGAGCCUUAGCAGGGGUCCGGGUUGCUGAGGACCAUACUGGCCAACUCGCACAGGUGUUUAAACAGCUUAAGGAGUUGCGCGAAGAUAUGGCCAAGAUGGCGCAGCAGCACCGCGAUCAGCUGCAACAGUUUGCUAGUUCGCAGCAGGCUCAAAUCGUCUCUUCACUCACCUACCCUACCUCCAAUGCUGCGUGUCAGUCCAGUUUUGCCCCUCUGAAUACGUCUACUUCUUCUCCUUCUACUUCUUCUUCUUCUUUGAGUGUGGUUAACAGCCAAAGCGGACCUGCAGCAAGUCCAGACCCUGCUGCUGCUGCUGCUGCAGCGGCAAGUGGUGGUGCAAAGACUUCUGGAACUGUUGCAGCCCCGGGCCCGGACCCAGCAAUGGCUGGGCCGGGCAGCAGCUUUGCUUACCUCGACAGGAAGGCGGCACAGAUUCCGUCCAAGUACGAUGGAAAAGACGACGUCGAGUCAUGGAUCAGCACCAUGCGGUCCUACUUUGAUGUGUUGGGGACACCCCCAGUCACUCAGUCGUCGGUCCUUGGGACCAAUGUGGAACCCGCCGUGAGAGGAUUUCUAGAAAUCCAAGCUGUACGAGCAGGCUAUAAACGUAUAGACAUGAACAAAUAUCUGAAGGCUACGCCUGUAGCCACACUUGAGGAUCUCUUGAUUCAACAGUAUGUCGAUCCACAUGCUGCAGCAAAAGCAAGACUUAAGCUUGAUAAACUCAAGCACAGCAAGUGGACUGGCACCAUGCAAAGUCUGCAGCAGUAUGUCAGUAAGCUCUUUGCUACUCCCAAUUUGGAAAUGACUGCACAGUCUUGCUUGGAUGUGAUAAAAGCAACGGUCCCCUCUGCUGAAAUUCGUCGCCUGGGCCUCAAACUCGCGGAAUUUAGAGAUUGGCUUUCCCUCAUGCGGGAUCUAGUCAAGCUGGAGGCACAAGACCUCCCGGGUGGAUCGAGUGGCAAAAGAGCCCUUGGCCGCAAACGGUUUUCUGGCAGCAACCGUUUGGCAGCACACGAUCUGCUAGAGGAUGACGAGGAGAUCCUCGCGGACAACCCUUCUCUUGAUGACGAUCAAGAGAAAGGCUGUGAGCCAUCAUAUUCUGCGUCAGCCCAUGAGUCUGAGUUGGUGAAUGAUGAGGAAUCCAUGAAUGCCUUUAAGAAGACUGCCUUUAAAAGCAAGGGACUAAGGACCACAAUGAAGAACAACACUAACACUAUCCUUCUUCCCAAGGGAGCAAAGAUUCCACCCAAACCGGAAGAUCCUGCCACAAAACCAUGGGUGGAUCUCCGGAUCAGUGAAAAAAUUCGCAACCUUCUCAACCGAUUUCCUGAGGUCUUGGCCGAACCGCAUGGAGUUCCCGUGCGUCYGGUCCGACACAAGAUCGAGUUGAUURAAGGUAGCACUYCUCCAAAGGGUUGUGUCUAUCGAAUGRGCUCAGGCGAAUUGGAGGAGUUGCGAAGGCAGAUUGAUGAGAUGAUUGGGAAGGGAUGGAUCAAACCCAGUGAGUCUGAGUUUGGUGCACCAGUGUUGUUUGUUCCUAAGAAGGGAGGCAAACUGCGGAUGUGUAUUGACUACCGCGGAUUGAAUGGAAUCACAAGGAAGAAUGCAUACCCCUUGCCACGUAUCGAUGAUCUGCUUGAUGCUGCAGGUGGGUGCAAAGUCUUCAGCAAGAUCGAUCUCACGUCUGGCUACCACCAAAUUGAAGUCGGUCCUGCAGACCAGCACAAAACCGCAUUCAAAACUCGCGAUGGGCUGUACGAGUUCACCGUCAUGCCCUUCGGUCUCACAAAUGCGCCAGCCACCUUUCAAAGUCUCAUGGACAAAGUGUUCCGCCAUCAAAUCAACCGGUUUGUUGUUGUUUAUCUGGAUGAUAUACUAAUAUUUAGCAAAUCAAUGAAGGAGCACAUGAGACAUCUUGAGGAAGUGUUGCAGGUCCUCAAGGAAGCACAACUCCAUCUCAACUUGGAGAAAUCUGAGUUUGGGAGGGACAGCGUCAUCUACCUUGGGCACCGGUUGUCUGCUGCAGGCCUAGAGCCUGAGGCAACCAAGGCUGAGGUCAUCCGCAAUUGGCCUCAACCGGCGAAUGUUCGCGAGUUGCGUUCUUUUCUUGGUCUUGCGUCCUAUUACCGCAAGUUUGUGCCUAAGUUUUCUAUCACCGCCCGUCCGCUGUCUAGAUUGACUAGCAAGAAUGUGUCUUAUACAUGGGAUGGGGAAUGCACGACAGCCUUCGCAGCAUUAAAGGAGGCUUUGGUGAGUCAUCCGGUGCUCCGCAUUGCAGAUCCCAAACUCACAUUCGUAGUAACUACGGAUGCCAGUAUGUAUGGGAUUGGUGCAGUGCUGCAACAAGAUGACGGCGAUGGCCUACGUCCGCUAGAGUUUUACAGCAAACGUAUGCCCAGUCACAAUGUAACUGCCUCCACCUACAUGCGAGAACUCUAUGCCUUGAGAGAGGCACUAGACCACUGGAAGCACUACCUCUUGGGUCGACACUUCAAGGUGUUCUCAUACCAUGAGACCUUGAAAUGGGUUCAGACACAGAAUAAUCCCUCAACUACACUGACCCGUUGGCUGCAUGAGAUUGUUGUGGAUGACUUUGAGAUUAAGCACAAGAAAGGUUGUUACAAUCGCAUUGCGGAUGCUUUGUCGCGCCACCCGGAGUACAUGACUUGCCUUGUGGGUUCCUAUGACCUGCGUAAAAAUCUGAAGGAGGAACUCAUAGAGCAUACUGCCAAGGAUCCGGAACUCAGUCCCAUCCUUGAGCAGAUUCGCGUUGACCCUAGCAGUCAGCCUGAUUUCCAUGAAUGUAAGGGCCUUCUCUUCCGACGUUAAGAGAAACAUAACCGAUUGUGUGUGCCCAACCAUGAGCCGAUCAUGACUCACUUCUUGGACUUGGCUCAUGGCCGGAGUGGACAAUUCGGCGUUGAGAAGACAUACGGAAACCUGUUGGAAAAGUUUGUGUGGCCUGGAAUGAAAAGAAUGACGCAAAGGUUUGUGGCUGAAUGUGAAGUUUGUCAACGCAUCAAACCGUCUCGACAGAAGCCCUAUGGGCUGCUGCACCCUCUUCCUAUCCCUGAUGGCCCAGGUGAGUCUGUUUCCGUUGACUUCACGGACAUGGGGAAGAAAAGCAGAAACGGUUAUUCACAGGUAAUGGUGAUCGUCGAUCGUUUUUCCAAGUUUCUGAAUCUAAUCCCAUUACCACCUCACGCCCCAACUGACCUUGUAAUCGAAGAAUUUAACAAAAGGUACAUUCUGCA